AUGUCGCAAAACACAACCUUCCCUAUUUACACCGUCGACGCCUUCACCGACGUCAAGUUCAGGGGCAACCCCGCAGCAGUGUGUCCGUUAUCCGACGACAAGUUUCCAGACGACCUGCUUCAAAAGAUUUCAGCAGAGAUAAACCUGGCCGAGACAGCUUUCAUUACAAGAUUAAAGGAAGACGAUUCCUUUGAAAACAUUGAGUGUGUGUUUUGUCAUGUUGUAGGCGAUACCUUCAGACUGAGGUGGUUCACGCCGGUGUGCGAAAUAAAACUGUGUGGUCACGGAACGUUGGCGACGUCUGCCGUUCUCUUCGACAAACUCGGUAAUAAAUCCGACAAAUUGGUGUUCAAAACUCUUAGUGGGGAUCUUGUUGUUAAACGAAACGAUGACUGUUAUCUCAUGGAUUUUCCGCUAGGAAGAACAGUUGAACAGAACAUAGAACGCCAUGAAGGGAUUAUCAAGAGCCUGGGUGAAACUCCUGAACUGGUGGACGUCGUCUACUGCGAAUCGCUGAGAUAUCUCUUGAUCAGGGUCAAAGAAGGCUGGACAAGAGAUCAGUUUGAAGACUGGACUCCAAAUAUCAGCAUAAUGAACGACGCCACAGACUCACUGGUAGCUUUGAUUAUCACCACCAGGGGGAGUCCUCAGCAGGGUUAUAAAGAUAACAAAGGAAAACCAUACGAUUUCGUUUCCAGGGUUUUUGAUCCGUGGACAGGUUUGUCGGAAGACCCUGUCACAGGUUCAGCCCAGACUGUGUUGGUUGAUUACUGGUCAAACGUUUGUGGAAAAAAUGAAUUCUUCACUCGACAGUGUUCAAAACGAGGAGGAGAAAUAUAUAUCAGACUGAAGGGCGACCGUGUAGAACUUCUAGGUAAAGCAGUCUUUAUGAUGGAAGGCCGGUUUCAUCUCUGAACCUUAUUAGUGAAAUGAAAAACUGUCCAUAUUAAGCAGAAACCAUGCAAUGCUCUAUAUUUCAACAUACCGUCAUCCUUGAAAAGACCUUCACCUUGGUGUUCAAUAAAGAUCAUCAUUAUUUA